AUGUUUCGUACAUCACAUUUUCCAUCGAAAAGUGAAACAAGCGAUAUAUGUUCGAUCUGCCUGAAUUCAUUGAUACCAGGCACACCUCUUCUUAUUUUAUCUUGUAAUCAUAAAUUUCAUUUUCAAUGCUUGACAUCGAGCGUACAAGCGCAACAUCAGUUAUGUCCACUAUGUCGAGUUUCAAUCGAUGCAUCGAUCAUUCAAUUAGUGUCAACAGCUCAUCGUGGCGGUGAUCAUCAGCAGAGACAUGUAUCACCGAAUAUGAACCAAAGAGUUGUUCACAGCAACCGUCAACAUCGUAGUAAAUCUUCAUCGAUGAGUGCUUCAAGAACAGAUUUCGUGGAUAAGACAAAUCUUCAAGGAAUAACGGCUCAAGCUGUGAGUACUGGACAGACAGCUACGAUAACUGUCUCUGCAAUGUUAGAAUUUAAAGGACAAUUAUCACAGAGAGAGUCAAAUAUUUACGGGCUUGUUUCGCUUCAAACACCUUUUUAUCGCCGAUCAUCAAAGGCAAAUAAAUUAUCAUCUCGUGUCCCAAUCGAUCUUGUUUGUGCUGUUGAUCAAAGUGCAUCGAUGUCCGGCGCCAAAAUGUUUCUAUUGAAAAGAACAUUAAUGUAUAUUACUGAACAAUUGACUGAUCUCGAUCGAUUAGCUAUCAUCUCGUUCGAUAAUCAUGCCUACGAUCGAUCUCAUGGAUUCCUACAAAUGAAUGAAAGAAAUAAAUACAAAUUGAACACGGUAAUCAAUGAUGAAAUCGAGGACGGAUUUAGUACGAAUAUCGGAUGUGGUUUAGAAAUGGCCAUCGAACUGUUCAGAAAUCGCGAUACAAAAAAUCCCGUCAGCGCUUUAUUCUUGCUCACUGAUGGUAAAGACGAUGAACCACAAGAUUACUCCCAUAUCAUCCGAAGACUGCCUCAAGGUGUAGUUUGUCAUACAUUCGGCUAUGGAGCGGAUCAUGCAGCAUCAUUAUUAGUACAAUUAGCUGAACAAGGCAACAAUGGCACUUUUACUUUUAUCGAUACAGAUGAUGCUGUCGGUCCAGCAUUUGCCAUAGCACUGGCUGGUCUAUUGACAUGUGUUGCACAAAAUAUUCGUGUUAAUAUUGAAUUCUACGGCAACUAUAAAGUGACACAUGCUCAUUCCGCGUAUACAUAUGAACCUGAACAAUUACCAUCUUCGAAACUUACUUUCAAAUUAAACGAUCUUAACGCUGACGAGAAACGAAAUCUUAUCUUUCAAUUACAUGUACCUGAAAUAAAAGACAAAUCUUCAUCGCAAAAUCAAUCUAUUCUGAAUGAUGUAAUUGUCGUCUAUGAUGAUCCAAAAAGGAAUUUGAGAUUCGCUACAAGACCAGAUCCGUUUCAUCUCAUGCGAGCUUCAAAUCUAUCGUUGGACGAUCUUCAAGUUAAUUAUCAAAUUGAUCUUCAACGAAAUCGAAUAGAAACAGCACUUGUAUUAAGACAAGCUAUGAAUGAGCAAGAUUAUGGGCGAUCAUUUGAGCUGCUCAAAGCUCAAGUGAAAAACAUAAAAUCGAGUGUAUCGGGUGAAGAUCCAUUCUGUCAAGAACUUAUAAAAGAUCUUGAAUAUCGCUAUCCAAAUGAACGUGCUUAUCGUUCUGCUAACUAUAAUAUUUACAGGCAACAUGCAACUGAACGUGGUACUUAUUCGAGCGUAAGCAGCUCGAGCGCGAAAGUCUAUAAUAGUGUACAUCAGUUGCAUCAAAUGGGUCAUUUUCAAAGCCAACACGAAUAG